AUGUCUCAAAUACCUAGCGCCCAAACGACUGGCGGUCUUUUGUCACGCAAAUGCACCAUUCAAAGCAGACCCAAGGUGAAAUCUGGAUGUGUAACAUGCAGAACAAGGAAGAUCAAAUGUGACGAGGAAAAGCCUUUUUGCCACAGGUGCACGAGCACAGGCCGCACCUGUGACGGUUAUGAGUCUCCAUUUCGACUCGUUUUGGCAAACCACGCAUCUCACUCAGGAGGUGCCAAGUCGAGUAUGACUAGGAUACAGUCCAUACGUCCCACCAUGGCUGAGAUAGCGAUCACUCCCGAAGAGAUUAAUAUUCUUUCCCGUUACUUCUCGACGAAGACCAUAUUCGACGUGGACCUUGCCUGCGACAAAGAGGCUCGGCAAAUUCUGCAAGCCAGUUUUACUGAUCCAUCGGUCCGACUAGCAGUCUCAUCACUGAAAGCUUUUCGAAAGCACCUCGAGACUUCCGGAGAUUUUGCUUUUUCUUCUUUGGGGCGGAAGUCAGGUCGAGAGUAUGACUAUGGGGUUCAGCAAUACUGCCUGGCUUUAAAGGGCCUCGCGUUCAAACUGUCGUCUCCGGGCUCUGACGAAAUAAGGUCGGCGUUGCUUUGCUGCCAGAUCUUUCUGAGCAUCGAGCAGGUGCGUGGCAAUUAUUCAGCCGUAGCUCAGCACCUUGUCCAGGGACUCAGUAUCAUGCAUGAAUAUCGUGCACGACCGUCGUUGGUUGCGGCAGACAAUUUGAUACCGGCAAGCCACAGCGAUAUUCCCUUACUUGACGUCUUCGUCAUCAAGCUUUUCAUUGCACCAUGCAAAUUCGCAGACUCUCCAGCAUCGACAGCCAUAAAGGAUACAGCAUCGGAUGCAGGCCCGGUGCUGCCAGAUCAACAAUCUGACGAAUCUGAAUCUGUCCCUCAUCGUCCCAUAGCACCGAACAUGCGGAAGCUCCUCACAAAGAUUGCCUCGAAUUUGCUUGAGUUCCUCUCCAAGGUUUCGAACGUUGAGUCGGUAGCAAUGGCUCUCGUACUACUUUCCGAAAAGGCAUCUCUGCUGGAUAGUUUGGACUCGUGGUACUCCAUGUUUGAACGCGUUCAUUUGGAUGCAAAAGCUGGACAACGGGAGCCUCUAUCAGUGUCUUUCUUACGUUUGUUCUAUCGGACACUGAAGAUCGUGCUCUUGGGGGCAAUCUACUGCAAUUCAGAGUAUGACGAGAAGCGACUCGCCGAGAUUGAGCAAUUGCGUUCGGUAGCAGAUAGUGUAGAGGAUGGAUUGAAGACUUAUCGAGGUUACAAGAGUGCUCGUAGUAAAGAACAUACGUCCAAUCCAGCAUAUUGA